AUGCCGCUGAAUGCCCUGUGGGGCUACUAUCUCUUUGAUCACGUCAGUGAGGCGCCCAAGAUCUUCUACGGUUUUUGGUUCUGUGGCAGCCUGGGGCUGACGCUUACCACUGCCUUCUCCCUGUACCACGUGGUGCAUGACCACAUGACCUUGGAGCAGACUUUGCAUCGAGAAGGGCACGCGGUCACUCCUAUGAACGUCCAGCUUGCAGGGGCCAUCAGUACCUUGCCAAUUUUCACGGCAGGAGUGGCGUACACAUGUCUUUGGGUUCCUGCUCUGGGCUUCGUUCUGGAGCUGCUGAUUGCCAUUUUCUCCUGCAUUGCCAUCGGCUCUUUGGUCCAGUACUUCCUGCAAGCCUUGGGCGAGCCUCCAGCCCCGCGCCGGCUUAUGCGAAAGGUCCCGAAGAAGCGAUGGUGGUGUGGCUCGCUCUGCGGAGGCGUGAACGACCUGCUUCCUGGCCUUGGGUUGAUGUGGAGCAAGGAGCCUCACCGGCUGCAGCUCACUGAUCUCCGAUUCGCAUUCCGGGUGGUGGCGUUCUUCAUUUGGAGCUUCGUCUUCCUAAGCGCCUGGCAAGCUUCUGUCAGCAUGGUGCCCACCCAGGUAGAGCGAGAUGACCGUGGCUGGUGCAAUUAUCCGAAGCCCAUAGGGCACACGCUGCAGGUGCUGCUCAUCGUUUUCGCCGUGCUCUCCACUUUUGUGGGCACUGCCGGGCUGUCCAUCAUCGCCAACGGUGUGGCCUUUGCCCUCGGGGAGGCGGAUGAGGAACUGUCCAAGGAGAAGUACGGAGUUCUGAAGAAAGCAUCAGUCGGACAGAUCUACCUCCAGCUUCCUCUCAUCAAGGUCUUCAUGAGUUUCUUUCCUGUGGCUUAUCCCAGUCCCACCAUCCUGGUGCCCAAGACGACGAUGGCCUUUGCUACUGGCAAAGGAAUGUGGCAGAGCUCGGGGGAGUAUGUGCCAUGCCCGGUCUACGAUGCAGAUGUGAUGGUGCACAUGUUCUACUGCACCACCGUGAUUUUGCUUAUGGCCUACACAUCUUACCACAACAUGAAGCUCUACAUCCCUUCCCGGGACCGCGACGUGGCGCGCCAGCUCCGGGAGGAGCUCGAGGCGAGGCUUAUCGCCUCCGGCGACGACGACGACAUGCAAGGCACAGAUGGCUCCAUCAACGACCGCUGA